ACGACCUUGACUUGCAUGCUAGCAAUUGAAUCCUCUUCACACUGCAGAAAACUUUUUAUAAGUGGCGUACCAAUUUUGGGUUUCGAUCUGUUUCUGUGUGCCCUCGCAUGCGCGCGCAUAGUUUGCUUUGAAUGUAGUUACUUGCCGCAGAAGCCAGAAGAAGGAUCUGAAUGAGAAUAAUCCUUUAUCGUCUCUUACGUCCUGACAUGAUAGCUGUUUUUCUGCUUCAUAUUUUUUUACUAUGUCUUCCUCCUCCCUGCUUAGCCGGCGAUACUUUGAAGAUGGGUGGAAGGCUAUUAGACAGUGAAAAUGAUUAUUCCAAUCUCAUUUCAGAUAGAGAACACUUUGAACUGGGUUUCUUUUCCCCUCCUGGGAGCAAAAACAGAUACCUAGGAAUAUGGUAUCAUGGGAAAGAACCACAAACAGUUGUCUGGGUUGCUAACAGAGACAACCCCAUCCCUGAUUCGACAUCUGGGAUUUUUCAAAUAUCCCAAGAUGGAAAUCUCACAGUGUUAGAUACAGACGGAAAACCUUAUUGGUCUUACAGACCUGAACAAAUAUCUUCUCUCGCAAACCUGACUGUGAAGCUUAUGGAUACUGGGAAUUUGCUUCUAGGAGACGAUCAAUUACAAGUGACCUACUGGCAAAGCUUCGAACACCCUACGGACACAUUUCUGGUGGGCAUGAGAAUGUAUAAAGAUUUAGUCUUGACUUCUUGGAGAGCCACUAAUGAUCCCGGGACUGGCAAAUUCUCGUUUGCAAUGGGAAAAACAGGGGAAAGCCUCUAUUCAAUCUACACAAACCAAACCCAGCUUUACUGGGCAGGCGAAACACGCCAAGAUUUCGGCGCCGAAGGAAAAAUAAUUUCGCUGUUGACAAACUUCACCCUAAGACCUACUACUUAUAAAAGCAAAAACAUGUCAGCAUGGACAGUUCCUUCUGAUUUUGGGUAUGCAAGGCUAGUGAUGAAUUAUACAGGAGCGGUACAGCUUUGGCAGUGGGAUAAUAUCGGAGUUGGAGGAUGGUUGUCCCCAUGGCACGAGCCAGCUGAAAAAUGCAAUAGAUAUAACGUCUGUGGGAACUUCGGCAGUUGCAAUAUGAAUAAUUCGCCGUUCUGUAGAUGUUUGCCCGGAUUUAAGUCGCGGGGGGAGAAUCAGAUUCCGUCCUCUGAGUCUGGAGGGUGUUUCCAAAAAACAAAAUCUUGCGGGCAAAACACAAAAUUCAUCGACUUGAAGAAGGUGAAAGUGAGAAAACCAGACAAACAAGUCAUCGCAGCAAAUGAAACAGAGUGCCGAUCCAAGUGCCUCAAUGGGUGCCCCUCUUGCACCGCUUACUCAUAUGAUGCAUUGAGAAAUGUCUCUCGUAGUAGUUUCUUCACGUGUUUCAUUUGGACUUCUGAUUUACCUACUGUUCAAGAAGGGUUUGAUCUCGGCUUUAAUCUUUCUGUCCUGGUAAACAUACCAGAUAUAGAACCAACUGCAAGAACGUGCAAACCAUGCGGUGCAUACGCGAUUCCUUAUCCGCUGAGCACUGAUCCAAGUUGUGGUGAUCCUAUUUACUCCAAUUUCAAAUGCGACUUGCCAACCGGGCAGGUUCACUUCAUUGUUGGAAACGAGAGUUUUAGAGUAACUAAUAUUGAUCCAGACAAGAGAUCCUUUUCUAUUCAAAUCAGUGAUUCGUAUGAUUGCGCUGCAAACGAUCUGGGGCAUCGGGUUGCUCUGCCAUUCAGUGCAACUCAACAGUGCAAUGAUGAUGAAGAAGUCAAGAUGCUAAAUAUUGAUUGGGUUCCCCCAAAUGAACCUCCUUGUAAUAACUCUAUAGACUGCAAGAACUGGCCUCAUUCAACUUGCAAUGUAACCAGAAAUGCAAAUGGAAGAUGCCUCUGCGAUAAAAACUAUCAAUGGAAUGGCCUCAAUUUAAGCUGUACACAAGGUAAAGAAUCUCCAAGAAGAAACAAUAAAACUUUGAUACUUGCUGUGACAUUUUCAAGCUUGAUUUUAUUUGCCUGCAUUAUUACUUCUGCUUAUUUUUGGAGAAGAAAAUUAGCCUUUGAGCAAGAAAAGGGAAAAACUCAAAGAACAAGAGAUAGCUUACAUGACAGUGAGAGAUAUCUCAAAGAUUUGAUAGACGCUGAGAGAUCAGAGGAAAAAGACAAUGAAGGGAUGGAGGUAUCUUAUUUGGAUUUUAAUAGCAUCCUAUUAGCUACAGAUAAUUUCUCAGAUGUGAACAAGCUUGGACGGGGGGGUUAUGGACCUGUCUACAAGGGAAAGCUUCCAGGUGGUCAAGAUAUUGCAGUAAAGAGGCUUUCAAGUGUUUCUUCACAAGGAUUGAAGGAAUUCAAGAAUGAAGUUGUUUUGAUAUCCAAACUUCAACAUCGAAACCUUGUCAAACUUCAAGGCUAUUGCAUAACUGGAGAUGAAAAGAUAUUACUUUAUGAAUACAUGCCAAACAAGAGCUUAGACACAUUCUUAUUUGAUCGUACACAAAGAGUGAUUUUGGAUUGGCCAAUGCGAUUUGACAUAAUUCUAGGAGUUGCUAGAGGGAUGUUAUAUCUUCACCAAGACUCUAGGUUGAGGGUGGUUCAUAGAGAUUUGAAAACAAGUAAUAUUCUUCUAGAUGAAGAUAUGCAACCAAAAAUUUCAGACUUUGGACUUGCAAAAAUAUUUGGUGGCAAGGAGACCGAGGCUAACACUGAGAGAGUAGUUGGAACUUAUGGAUAUAUGGCUCCAGAAUAUGCAUUAGAUGGAUUUUUCUCGAUUAAAUCAGAUGUUUUCAGUUUUGGCAUAGUAAUGCUUGAAAUUAUUAGUGGAAGAAAGAACACAGGAUUUUUUCAAUCCAAACAAGCUUCCAGCCUUCUGGGUUAUGCAUGGAGGCUAUGGACAGAGAAUAACUUGGUGGAUUUGAUGGAUCGAUCUCUAAGUGAAAGUUGCAAUGCAAACCAAUUUAUUAAGUGUGCACAAGUUAGUCUAUUGUGCGUACAAGAUGAACCAGGAGACAGGCCCACCAUGUCACAGGUACUGAUAAUGCUUGAAAGUGAGAUUGCAAGCCUCCCAAAUCCAAAGCAACCAACCUUUUUUAUGACCAAUGCUAGGGGCCUUUCUAGCUCUGCUUCUUCUUCCAGUAAACCUGAAGGAAUUCUUCUAACUGAUAUUUCCUAUCAAGAGGGUCGGUAGUGCAUGAUGAGUUCGAUGCACAUUGGAUUGAAUCCUAUUGGAAAACCUAAAAGCAACUUUUCAUUAAAUUUAUUGUAUAUCUGCUCUUGUAAGAAAGUGACUAUUUGAAGCGCUACAGAUAUAAACACACACACACACACACUGAUAGAUAUAUAUAUAUAUAUAUAUUCAAGGAACGUAUUAUAUUUGCUUUUCA